AUGGUCGACAGCGCCGUCUUGUGGACGGUCAAGGUGGUGGCGGCCCUGACGUCCAUCCUUAUGAUCUGCAGCCCGUCGAUCUCUAUCUACCGGAUCCACAAGAAGCGGGAUGUGGGCGUCGCGUCCGUCGUCCCGCUGGUCUCGCUCUUCUCCAAUGGUCACGUGUGGCUGUUGUAUGGCUGGAUCGUCAAGAACUGGUUCCCCAUCUUCUGGGUCUUCGUGUUCGGAGACCUGGCAGCGCUCACGUACCUGGCAGUCUACUGGCGGUACACGACCGAGCGUCGCUACGUUGGCCGCGUCCUGGCAGUUGUGCUCUCCGUCUUGACGAUCGCCACGCUCUACGCCAUCGUCGGAGGACUCGGACACCUUGGACAGACGCGGGACCAGGUCGGCACGGCGUUCGGAUUCAUUUGUGACGCCGUCGCCGUGUGUCUGUACGGGGCUCCGAUGGAGAAGCUCUUCCACGUGCUCAAGUACCGAUCCGCAGUCUUCAUCAACGUGCACAUGGUGAUCGCCGGCUUGGCCAACAACUGCACCUGGAUUACCUACGGUAUCCUCAGCGGCAACUGGUUCAUCAUCUCGCCCAACAUCCUCUUCAUCACGCUCAACGCGUCCACGCUCGUGCUGUACCUGGUCUUCAACCCGGAGACGCACCCCCUGCCCAACCACUUCCACCGGACGACUGCCCCCGACAGAGCUGAGUCUGUCGUUUCCAUCGAACUCACCCCGAAAGAAAGCUUCGGACGGAAAAUCGUCAGCGAACACCCGAGUCCUGCGUUUGAGGCCAUGGCGUCUCCGCUGCGGACGCUGCCAUGGUAG